CCGCCGCCGCCGCCGCAGCCAUGGCGGAAGUUCAUAGACGUCAGCAUGCCCGGGUUAAAGGAGAAGCCCCCGCGAAAUCCUCCACACACAGACAUGAGGAGGAGCUGGGGAUGGCGUCGGCCGAAACGCUGACCGUGUUCCUGAAGCUGCUGGCCGCCGGCUUUUACGGCGUGAGCUCCUUCCUCAUCGUGGUGGUCAACAGAGCGNACAAGAGCGUGCUCACCAAUUACAGAUUUCCCUCCUCACUAUGUGUUGGACUUGGCCAGAUGGUGGCCACAGUGGCAGUUCUCUGGGUGGGAAAGGCCCUCAGAGUAGUCAAGUUUCCUGACCUUGACAGUAAUGUACCUCGAAAGACGUUUCCACUACCUCUACUAUAUUUUGGGAACCAAAUCACGGGACUGUUCAGCACAAAGAAACUGAACUUGCCAAUGUUUACAGUUCUGAGAAGGUUCUCCAUACUGUUUACAAUGUUUGCUGAAGGAGUUUUACUCAAGAAGACUUUUUCUUGGAGUAUUAAGAUGACUGUAUUUGCAAUGAUUAUUGGAGCCUUUGUAGCUGCCAGCUCUGACUUGGCUUUUGAUCUGGAAGGAUAUGUUUUUAUUUUGAUAAAUGAUGCCCUGACAGCAGCAAAUGGCGCAUAUGUAAAACAAAAAUUAGAUUCAAAGGAGCUGGGAAAAUAUGGUCUGCUCUAUUACAAUGCACUGUUCAUGAUUCUGCCCACCCUGGCCAUUUCGUAUUUUACAGGAGAUGCACAAAAGGCAAUGGAUUUUGAAGGCUGGGCCGACACCCUCUUUCUUCUGCAGUUCACCCUCUCUUGUGUAAUGGGGUUUAUCUUGAUGUAUGCCACAGUGCUCUGCACUCAGUAUAAUUCUGCUCUUACAACUACAAUAGUUGGCUGUAUUAAGAAUAUAUUAAUAACUUAUAUUGGAAUGGUCUUUGGUGGAGAUUAUAUUUUCACAUGGACGAACUUCAUUGGCUUAAAUAUCAGCAUUGCUGGGAGCCUGGUGUAUUCCUACAUCACUUUCUCUGAAGAGCAGCUAAGCAAACAGUCGGAGGCCAGUAACAAGCUGGACAUUAAGGGGAAAGGAGCAGUAUGACCAGAGGAUUGCUUCACCGACGUAGGCCCAAGAUUCUGAUCAGCUUGGAACACUGGCAGUUUUUACACAGAUACUGAAGUGUCUUGAUUAUGGAGAAAAUACUAUUCCUUUGCACUUAUACAAUCUGAGGAUUGAUUGCUGCCUUUUAACAUUUUAUGAGAGGAACUUAUAAUUGACUCUAUUUUAAAUAUGCCAUUUGAAUUAAUUUAUAUCAGACUGGAAAACACACCGGGCUUUUUAAUUUAUUUUUCUUCUGUGCCGACAGUGAAACAUCAGUGUUUUGAAACUAUUUUAUUCCAUACUUUGAUAUCCAGGUGUCCCUGAGAGCUGCAUGUAUGAAGUGCUCCAACUGGAGCCUCAUCAUUCAAAUCGUUGCUGUGUCUGGAGGCAGGUUUAGCCUUCCUUCUGCUGGCAAGGCGGGGAGUAUUGGAAAUUUCUCUUUGAAUUAUAUUUCUUAAUGAUUGCAUUUUCUUCAUAAGGAUAGCAUCACUGCAUUUGCCAAAGACAACAACUUUGGCGCUAAAAAACUUGGCGGGGCUUUGAGGUGUGUUGCUUUCCAUGUUGGCUUUCCUCAGAACCCCUGGGGUGAGCAGAGUGCGUCCAGUGAGAGUUUGCUGUCCCCUCUUUUGUGGGAUGGGUAACAAAGGGGUGGAGAAUGUAGACCUUUCACUCACCCAUCUGUCUGAUUCAUUCAUUCAGCUAAAAUGUAGUGAGUGUGUAGUGUGUGCCAGGCAUUGUGCUAAGUUCUGGGGGUGCAGACAUGUUUUAGAAGUAGUUGAAUUUUCUCACUGCUGUACUGACCGAGGAUAAGACAGAGAACUUAGCUCUGUUGGUCCAUUCAGAAGAUGUAACUGUGAACAAGUCACAGAACUUUUUUCAGUUUUCAGAAACUAAAGAUCUCUACCUGGGGUUAGAAGCACCUUCCCUACCUAACCCACAACCGUGUGAAACCAAAUGCUGCAGUGUGAGGUCCCGUGCAUGCGAAGGGCUGCAUUUUGUGAACCAUACAGCCCAGCCCUUCUCUGAGUGAGAAUGGCAGGCAGGCAAGGUGACCACCAUACAUUUCCUUGUGCUUCCCUUUUCUGGCUUUAGUUGCUACUCUUCUUACUCCUCUUUAAAUCAAUAGGACUGGGUCUUACAUUUCUGAAUGUAUUGGCCUGAGGGGAAAGGCUGGUUAGAUGUUUCUGUGUUGUUGAGGUUUAGUCUUUCUCUGGCAGCGUCAGUGUUGGACUCAUCACCUUCCUUUUUCCUUAAAUGGCAUGAGCAUACCUCUCUCCUUUGGUUAUUGCUGCCUACAUUCUUUGUCCUUUGGCUCACUUAAUGAGGAUGCCAGCUUCUCUCAAGACCAUGCUGCAUUCUGGGGGAGCAGCUAUGAAUGGACAUGGAAUUGCCUCUUUGGGCAGGCGGGGUGUUAAACAGUUCUGUGACUUGACUCAGAUACAUGCUGACUUUGGGCUGAGGGAGUGUACGGGAGGCUGGUGCCUUUGAACUGGUGCACACACCACUUUCCAGUUCAUUGGGUGUAGCCUCCACUGGGCUCCUUUGACCUAAACAAUGAGUAUUUUGGUGCUUCAACAGGGCACCUGGAAGAUUUUGAUGUUUGUAUUUUUGAAAAAUUAUAUUGAGGUCAUUUUCAUAUUUAUGUUUUUCCCUUAUUUUGCUUUGUCUUUAUUAAAGCCUGUCCAGUGGUGCUAGGUCCUCAUGGCCAACUUCCAAGUUAUAAGCUCCAUGUAAGAGGUCCUAAGGCUCCCUUUUUUCCAGUACCAGCUGAUAUGAGGAAAUUCUGGUGGGAACAUAGGACGUUAUCUUGUAUAAGAUGGUUCUUACUGCUCCUGUUUUACCAGUGAGAAAACAAGAAAGUAGGUGAUUUGCUAAUUAGUCCAAAUUUAUGUUUUUUUCCAUUGAAUCAUGCUGCCAUUAAUGAACUGCCCCUUUCUGAGGGAGUAAGGGAUGCUGGCUGAAUUAGCUUGAGCUCUUUCAGGGAGGAAAGCAGUUGAUUGAAUUUGGAGUUGGAGAGGAAUAGGCUUUGCAAAAUCAGGGAGCUCUAUCUGAUGGAUCACUCUGUAUGCCAGAGCUUUUAUCUAGCUUCCAGGCUGGCCACAGUUGAUAGGCACUGCUGGCUGUGACUGUUGCCUGCCAUUGCCUGGGUUUGUCUGGGAACAGUGGAAAGGCAUUGCGAGACCUAAUUGUGGCAGUUCUGUUCCUUCUUUUAGCGGCAUGAAGGAACUUUGACAUUAGAAAUAACUUGUAGAAUUUCUCAUCAUGAAACACCUUUGGAUGUGUUUAGAGGUGUUGAGCUAGAACCCCAUCAGGAGGUGAAUUGCCUCUUGGGGUCAUCUGUCAUC